CUUGAUCAAACUAAAAAUGCCUGUAUAAAAAUCAAUAAAUAUGGAACUUUUAGCUUAUUUUUGAUUUAUAGCUGAAAAAUAUAACCUCAAUUGCCAGGAAGUUGAAGAAGUGUGAGAGUAGGCAGAAUCCAAAAUGGAUUACAGAGAGUCAAACAUAAUCCAAAAUGGAUUACAAAUUAGUGGAAUAAAGACAAUGCUCACAAAGAAAUCUUACAAAAAGAGUUUGGUAAUCUUGAAGCUUUCCUUCAAUUUUACUAUUGUGCUUAAGCUGUUGAAAGGAAAUGACUCGCACUGGUGAAGCUUCAAAGGACCAUGAGUCUGAAGGCAUUGAUUCGAUGAUUAAGAUAAAAGUAAAAACUAUGAAUUCUCAAACCCACAAUUUGCGCAUUAGCAAUCAGAGGAGAGUAUGUAGCUUGAAAGAACAAGUAUCUCUUUUGAUUGGGAUGCCAAUGGAACAACAGCGUCUAAUCUAUUGUGGAAAAGUCUUACAGGAUAAUGACCUCGUUUCUUCAUACAAUAUUCAACAUGGUGAUACUUUGCAUCUGGUUUGCACUGUCCAGAGCAUGUCAUCCUUUGCUGCUACGGAUGGGAUUUCUCCAGAUACUCAACAGGAAAUCUCUAACUCUAUAGAAACUUUAUCACGAUAUCUCAACAUAAUGAGACGAGAAUAUAGUAUGAACGGAACAGAAAACAAUACGAAUGAGGUACUUGGAAGUGCAUCCAAUACUUUCACUCCUUCACAAGGAAUUCCAGAAGUAGAACAAUUAGCAAGACUGCUGUCGUCCACUAGGGAUAUGCUUAUUAGCCAAACUGCACAGCGCUUUCUUGAAUUGGAAAGGAAUCUGGGCCAAAUUCUGAACGUGGGUGAUCCGAGUGUGCGCCAGGGAACUCAGUCAAAUGCACAGACAACAAUCGGAGAAAUGUUCAACAAUCUAGGUGCAUAUUUUCUUGAACUUGGCCGCACAGUGAUGGGAGUCCGAAUGGGUGACAAUGGGAGUAAUGCCGUAGUUAAUGUUGGGCCUGCAGUCUAUAUAACCGACUCGGGUCCACUGUCCAUCCAGGAAGAACUUUAUUCUGUGCUGCUCUCAACAAUACACAGGCUGAUCAACUCUGGUUUAGUAAAUGAUAAUGGUAUGCGUCUGCACCAAAGUCAAGUUGGUACACAAAUGAUAGGAGGAGGACAACCACCAAAUGUGUUACGAGUUAGAUACACCAGAUACUUUCUUAGACCCAUAGUUGCCACAGCUGAUCAAACUGAAGCGCAGGUGCCGCCAGGAAGUGGCGUACCAACAGAAGUUAGCCAACUUUUGAGAAUUAUGUUCCUCAGUGGUGAACUUCAAGCUGCUACACCUGCAGGUGCAACUGUGGAUAACGUCGUUGACAACGCAGGGAUAUUAGGUGUAUCUUCAGGACCAUCAAUUAUAGAACCUAGAAGUGCUCAUGAAUCAGCUGGUGAACCUGCUAAUGAAGAUGUUGGGACCUCUCAUCGACGAACAGCUGAUUUUGCUGAAAGCACAUCACAUGCGAAACGACAAAGGAUGGAGUGAUGCCUUUGUUGUGGGAGCCUAUCUUGUUGUAGUACAUUGUGUAUUCGGGUAUCAGCUGGCGACAAGAUGUUCCCAAUUACUAAUAGACAGUUUCAUCAUUCUUCAGCUUUGCAAAACUUCGUAGUUAUUUUCUUGUCUAUUUUGUGACGAUCUUAAAAACUUAUGACAAAGGAUUUUAAGCUUUCUUCUCAUUGGUGCCGACUUUUCAUGAUAUAUGCUGUUACAUACAUUGCCUUGAGAUUAUAUAGUA